AUGAAAAUUAUACAACAAAUGAAAUGUGUUUACUUUACAGCAAAAAAGCAUCUUUCAGUUAGUAUAUAUCCUGAUUUAUUUAGUUUAGUUACGAAUAGUAAUAAUAUUUCAUUAGAUCUGAAAAUACUUAAAUUUUCUGCACUUAGCUUACAAGAAUCUUCAGAAAAUAAAAGUUAUGGUACCUAUUUGAAUUAUACUGCAGCUCGAAAUUUUGCUACGGCAAUUGUACAUGUAAUUGAAAAAGAGCUUAUUAGCGAGAUUGAAUUAGCAAAACAUUGGAGUAUUAUGAUCGAUGAAAGCACUUCUAUGGAUGAAAAACAUCUCGUUAUUGCAUCACAAUAUAUAAUAUCCAACUUACCAAUUAUUCGUUAUAUAGGUGUAAUAAAAUUAGAAGACUGUAGAUCUGAAUAUAUUUUUGAAAAAUUAAAAAAUUUUAUAUCUGAUAAAGGUUUAAACAUUGAAAAUAUUGCAUAUUUUGGUAGUGAUGGCACUUCAACUAUGAUUGGUUCUAAAACUGGUGUUUCAACAAGAUUAAAGCAUUUAAACCUAUUUAUGACUUCAGUGCACUGUAUUGCACAUCAAUUACAUCUUGCAGGUCAGAACAUGACUAAAGAAAAAACAAAUGAUGAACCACAAUUAUGCUUACUUAAUAUUAUCAAUACUCAUUGGCUUUCUAUGUCGAAUACAGUUCAUAACUUACAUCAAAUUCUUGAUUCUGUUAAGAAUGCUUUAAACUAUGAUUUUAUAACAGCUGACAAUAG